GAAACAACUAUCACCUGAGAAUUCAAGUGAUGCAUCAAGCAACAUUAGUCUCUCCAUAAAUGACAAGGAGAUUGGUUGCACUAAUGCAAUGCCCAAUUCUAAGCAACAAUAUAUUCUGGUGAACAACUAUACUCUCCACAGCUCACCUAUCAAACUUGACCUGAAUUAUGUUCGCAUGGCCGUGGCAGAAAUGGUGGGUACUUUCAUUCUGAUGUUCUGUGUGUGUGGAAUCAUUGCAAGCACACAAUUGCAAAAUGGACAAGUAGGCCUCCUAGAGUAUGCAGCUACAGCAGGAUUAACAGUUAUUGUGGCAAUCUUCUCAAUAGGGCCAAUCUCUUGUGCCCACGUUAACCCAGCUGCCACAAUAGCUUUUGCAACAUUCGGUCAAUUUCCAUGGUUGAAGGUUCCAAUUUAUAUACUCGCCCAAACAAUGGGUUCUGUGUUGGCAACAUAUAUUGGUAGCCUCGUCUAUGGCAUUAGAUCAGAUGCCAUGAUGACAAGGCCAAUCCAAGGACCUAUCUCUACCUUUUGGGUGGAGCUUAUUGCAACUUUCAUCAUAAUGUUCCUGGUUGCAGCCUUGACAAGUGAACUUCAAUCAGUGGGUCAUUUAUCUGGUUUUGUUGUUGGAAUAGCUAUUGGACUUGCAGUGUUGAUCACCGGACCUGUUUCAGGGGGAUCAAUGAAUCCUGCAAGAUCAUUAGGCCCAGCAAUUCUGUCAUGGAAAUUCAAGGACAUAUGGAUAUACAUCACAGCCCCCAUAAGUGGAGAUGUAGCAGGUGUUCUAUUGUUUCGUUUUCUGCGUCUCAAACACCAACCUUGCACUACUUUUUCCUCCCCAAGCACAACUCACGAUGACCAUUCCACAACCUUGUACCCAAGCUAGUGUGUGAAGGCAUUGCAGAAUCGACGUAACUGCAGAAUUGUGUCAAUUAAUUGUGUCGUUGAAUUCUUCACUGUCCUUUUUUCACCUGUUUCUAGGGAGGAGUAGGCCCUUGAUUUUGUUGGAACAGA